AUGUGCGACGGCGACAAGGCGAGGCUCGGGGGGCCGCCCCCGGCGUGGGUGGGCGCCGACCUCGGCCCCUCGGCCGCGCGGCGGGCGGCGCGGGCCCGGCGCCAGCGGACCUGCGAGGCCGCGCUGCGGAAGCUGGCUUCCAUGGGUGCCGAGCCUGGGCCUUGGCAAAAUCGCGAGAGGGCCGCCAGGCCCGCCUUGCGGUUCGCUGCGGGCGCGAGGGUGCCAGGCAGCGCCAGGCGCCGCGGGAACGCGGCCUGGCACGCUGCCUUGGCGCCCGAAGCGGGCCUCGAGCGGACCUCCGACGCCGCCAUCACGGAGGCGGCUAGCGGCCCGAGGCUAGGGCCGCCUGCGCCCGCCACCCUGCCCACGGCGCAGGAGCCCGUCGACCAGGUCGCGGAGCUGACGUCCAGGUGCGGCGCGUUCGAGGAGCAGUUGUCGCAGGAGCAGCUGUCUCUCGCCGUGGGGGCGAAGUCGGACCUCGAGGACGACGAGCGCACCCUGGCGCCCCAGUGCGACGCGCUCAGGGAGCAGCUGUAUGACGCCGCGGCGGAGUUCCAGACGCAGCAGCACGUCGUCGAGGAGCUCAGGCAGGACAUGCUGUCGCUCAAGAUGGAGGUUCCCGCAGUUUGCGUGGCUGGGGACGCGGGCGGCACCUCGCGGGGCCUGCGCGGGGGCGAGAGCGCGGCCACCUGCCCCGCCGCCCCGUGCGCGCGGAUCGAUCUCAGGCAGGUCGGCGUUUCUUUCGAGGUCGAGUUCGACGGCCGCCUGAUCACCGGCGCCCUCGUCACGGCGGCGGCGGACUCCAAGGACUCCCAGGAGCGGGUCGACGACUUGCUGGAAGGCGGCUGCGUCGUGGUUCCCAGAACCCGCGUGCUGAGUAGGGCGCUGCCGGCCACCUGGUUUGCCGCCGAAACAACACGGUUGCGACAGUGGCUGAGGCUUCGUCAGCCCUUCGUGCAUCGCCUGGCCGCUCGCGAGCGCGGGGCAAUGGCAGACCAGCACCGCCUGCGAUGGCUUCUGGACGCCUGGUGGCGCAUGGUCCCUCAUGCGUGCUCCUCUCAUGGCACGGCCGUGAUCGAGGAGCAGUUGGCGAGGAUGACGGAGCUCGAGGACGACGAAGAGAUGAUGCGGGGAGCCAACUACCCCAUCACCGAGGCCUGGGAGCCGCGGCCGCCCUG